UGUCUAUGGUUAGUUAUUGACGUUUCAAUUUUUGGGGGCGGGUAUCACCUAUUAGUGAUUUCGGCUUUUUAACAGAAUAAAAUGUUUUAUUUCUGUUUUAUUGAAUAGAUAAACCAAAUUUUAUUCUCUUUGACCUGAUGUAUUGCAGAGGAGCGUACCAGGCCUAAGUCAUCAUGAUUGGGGGCCUGUUCGUGUACAACCAUAAAGGCGAGGUGCUGAUCUCGCGGGUGUACCGCGAUGAUAUUGGGCGUAACGCCGUGGAUGCAUUCCGCGUGAAUGUGAUCCACGCUCGCCAGCAAGUGAGGUCUCCCGUCACCAACAUAGCGAGGACUUCGUUCUUCCAUAUCAAAAGAGCCAACAUCUGGCUUGCGGCGGUGACCAAGCAGAAUGUGAACGCUGCGAUGGUGUUCGAGUUCCUGCUGAAGAUCAUUGACGUGAUGCAGUCUUACUUCGGCAAGAUCUCCGAGGAGAACAUCAAGAAUAACUUUGUACUCAUCUACGAGUUACUCGAUGAGAUCCUGGACUUUGGAUACCCACAGAACUCUGACACCGGAGUAUUGAAGACCUUCAUCACUCAACAGGGCAUCAAAUCUGCCUCCAAAGAAGAGCAGGCGCAGAUUACUUCUCAGGUGACCGGUCAAAUCGGCUGGCGGCGAGAAGGCAUAAAAUACAGACGCAACGAGCUGUUUCUGGACGUUCUGGAGUAUGUCAACUUGCUCAUGUCACCGCAAGGUCAAGUGCUAUCAGCUCAUGUGGCUGGGAAAGUGGUGAUGAAGUCAUAUUUAUCCGGCAUGCCCGAGUGCAAGUUUGGCAUCAACGAUAAAAUUGUCAUGGAAGCCAAGGGGAAAGGAAAUGGUGGCAUAUCGGGCAACACUGACAGCGACCCGGCGCGCUCCGGCAAGCCGGUGGUGGUGAUCGACGACUGCCAGUUCCACCAGUGCGUCAAGCUCAGCAAGUUCGAGACUGAGCACUCCAUCUCGUUCAUCCCCCCCGACGGGGAGUUUGAGCUGAUGAGAUACCGCACCACCAAAGACAUAUCGCUGCCUUUCCGCGUCAUUCCUCUUGUGCGCGAAGUGGGCCGCACCAAGAUGGAGGUGAAGGUGGUGCUGAAGAGCAACUUCAAGCCGUCGCUGCUGGGGCAGAAGAUCGAGGUGAAGAUCCCCACGCCGCUGAACACCAGCGGCGUCCAGCUGAUCUGCCUCAAGGGGAAGGCCAAGUAUAAGGCGUCGGAGAACGCUAUCGUUUGGAAAAUAAAACGCAUGGCCGGUAUGAAGGAGACGCAGCUGUCAGCGGAGAUUGAACUACUGGAGACGGACACCAAGAAGAAGUGGACCCGGCCGCCCAUCUCUAUGGGUUUCGAAGUGCCAUUCGCGCCUUCAGGAUUCAAGGUACGCUACUUGAAAGUGUUCGAGCCAAAGUUGAACUAUUCGGACCACGACGUCAUCAAAUGGGUUCGCUACAUCGGCCGCUCCGGACUCUAUGAGACUCGAUGCUAAUGAAUUGUGAAUUUACGAUCAAUGAUGCCGCCGAAUGAUUGGGAUACCGCGAAUGGACAUUUAGUAAUGGCAUGUUACAUAAAAAUAGAUGUAUAUAUUUAUUAUGUAUUAAUUUAUCAUCUCAUACAAAAACUACGGGACGCGAUAUUUCCUUCAAUAUUUUAUUUUUGUAACUUUAUUUUAAGCCCGUAUUAAUACUCUGUACCUAAGUUUGUUUAUUGCGUGCUAAAUGUGUUUGGUUAUAUGAAAAUAACUAAAUUGAAAAUAAUUUUAAAAAGUGGUUCCUUACUUCGUAGAAUAUUCAAUAGUAUGUUGUUUAUUAUUAUCUCUUUUGCUUUUAGUGAAUUGUAUCCAAAUUAUUUGUAGAAUUAAUAUAUACAACACAUCCUUACAGAAAAUAUAAUAACUUUAAUUU